AGAUUGUUGGUUUGCUCCAUAAGAAAGAGAUUCACUGCUUCUCAGCAUGGCUCAGACUAAAUUAUGCUUGAUGCUGAUCUCCUCCCUGAUGCUCCUGUCUCACGGCCAAGGUGAGGAGGUCCAGACAGAGCUGCCCAAUGCCCGGAUCAGCUGUCCUGAGGGCACCAAUGCCUAUCGUUCCUACUGUUACUACUUUAAUGAAGACCCUGAGACCUGGGUUGAUGCAGAUCUCUACUGCCAGAACAUGCAUUCGGGCAACCUGGUGUCUGUACUAACUCAGGCCGAGGGCACUUUCGUGGCUUCGCUCAUUAAAGAGAGCAGCACUAAUGACUGCAAUGUCUGGAUUGGUCUCCAUGACCCCAAAAAGAACCGCCGCUGGCACUGGAGCAGUGGGUCUAUGGUCUCCUACAAAUCCUGGGAAACCGGAGCCCCAAGCAGGGACAAUCCAGGCUACUGUGCGAGUCUGACUUCAGGCUCAGGAUUCAAGAAAUGGAAAGAUAUGGAUUGUGAGGGAAAGCUCUCCUUUGUCUGCAAGUUCAAAAACUAAAGGCAGCUGGACAACGGAUGUCUGCAGCUGGUCCUGCAGUUCCUGCGAAGUCAAAAAUGAAACUAGAACAUCUCUCCAACUCAGUCUGUACCAUCUCUUUCCUGCUAGGUUUGCACUGCUAACCAUCAG